GCAGCUCGUCGAUGCUCGAGUACUUUCAGCCGAAGAAUUCACGAAGGCAAUUCACGAACUCGUCCGCGCGACGUGAUUCGGCUGGCAGCAGCGUGCAGCCUUGCCAGAAGGAUUCAUCAGUAGUGGACGUCCGCCGGCAUUCUGGGACGAAUUGAAUUUUGUGCCAUGGACGUUUCCAUCGUUUGGUCGUUUCGGAGAAUCUGGAAUUCAUAGUCCGGAGAUUCGUGCGUGUAGUGUAGUGCAGUGCAGUGCAGUGCAGUGCAGUGGAGUGGAGUGUUGUGUUGUGUCCACCUGUACGAGUGGAAAUGAGCAUUACCGAGAGCGAGAUUGCCGGGUUCGGAGUCGGGGCUCUUCUGCUGGCGGCCUCCAUCGCUGCUCCUAGGAUUGACGCAUUCAUAGCUCGAGCUCAACGCAGAUCGCUGAGACUUUGCGAAGAGUGCGGUGGAGUGCAGAGGCUGCCGUGCAAGAAAUGCCGAGGGAGAGGUCAAGAGCGGGUGGCCUUUUCUUCUCCAUGGGCCAAAUCCGAGGCUGCUCCGGCUUGUGGAGCUUGUAACGGACGAGGCCAGAUCCCGUGUUCUUCUUGCUCGAAACUGUAGAUUCGUAGACUCAAUCCUUUAGUCAAUGUAUUCUAUUGCAUGAGAAAAUAUCAGUCAAAAUCAAAAUUUCCUGAAGAUCAUCGUUACAUGUGCGCUCAUAUUGGCGACUCAAGUGGCUUCUGUAAGCAAUUGC